ACCCAACACCCUUUCUCAGAACCUCUUCAGUCCAUUCAAUCGUUCUUCCUUCGUUUCCAGAUCCGGAGAUAAGUUCGAUUUCUUUAAGCUCACGAGCAAGCGUAACAACAGCUACUUUCCAGACCAAGUACAUGGUUGAUCUCGACCUCCAGACCCCUACUGCUUUUGACCCAUUUGCUGAGGCGAAAGACGACCCUGCUGGAGCUGGAUCAAAAGAUUACGUUCAUAUUCGCGUCCAGCAGAGGAAUGGGAGGAAAUGCCUGACAACUGUGCAAGGGCUGAAGAAAGAAUUCAGCUACGAUAGGAUCCUGAAAGAUCUGAAGAAAGAGUUCUGCUGUAAUGGGACUGUUGUCCAAGACAAGGAGGUUGGCAAGGUAAUUCAACUACAGGGGGAUCAGCGGAAGAAUGUGUCAAAUUUCCUUGUUCAGGCUGGUAUUGUGAAGAAGGAUCAGAUAAAGAUACAUGGUUUUUAGAGAAUUGAGGGGGGCUUGAUGCGUUUGUGUGAAGAUCCAUUCUGAAAUAAGGUGUAAGGGUGGGUGGUGGUUGAUUGGUGUGUGAUGUGAUGCAGAGACGCCUAUCACUUACUACUAGUAAUAGUUUCAAUUGUGUGUUAAGAUUGAAAGAGAAAGAAAUUGUGUUGUGUGUGGGAAUUGUUUUGCUUUUCAAGGACUUGUUCCAUCUAUUAUGAUAUGGAGAUAUCUAUAUUGCUAUGUAGUGAUUUACACGUUGAUAAUAAAUUGAUUGCUGUCUUCUUUUUAAA